UAUUGUUCCAUGUGGCCUCGGUGGGUGGACUGGACGGUGGGACGGUCCAUCCUGCUGCCUGUUGUUCGGCGGCGGAGCCAAUGGCAGCCCGGCUGCCGCUCAGUCCCGGUCCAAUGAGAGCAGCGGGGUCUGGACUCGUUUCGAGAGUUGGGUUGUUCAAUCUGCGAGGAGGACAACAAGCCGCCGCAGCAGCUCUCCGAGUGUACCGGAUGGAUGGAUGCUGACGAUGUCUCCUCCUGACGGCGCCGGCGGUGGAUGCGAGCGGUCGACCUGAGGCUUGUCGCUGAUUUCGGUUCUGCGGAUGAUGUGAUGCGACAAACCUGAUCGAGAGAGCUUCUGGUACAGAUGAGUUGCUGCUUCGCUGCGGGACGUGUGUCCUUCCACUGAGGCCACAUGUGUAUCCGGACAGAUGGAUCGCUGUAAGCACGUGGUUCGCCUCCGCCUGGGCCAGGACCAUUCCAUCCUCAAUCCCCAGAAAUGGCACUGCGUGGAGUGCCGCACCACCGACUCGGUGUGGGCCUGCCUCAAGUGCUCCCACGUGGCCUGCGGACGCUUCAUAGAGGAGCACUUCCUCAAACACUUUCAGGAGUCCCAACACCCGCUGGCCAUGGAGGUGCGUGAGCUGGACGUCUUCUGCUUCGCCUGCGGGGACUACGUACUCAACGACAAUGCGGAGGGAGACCUCAAGCUCCUCAGGGGCGCUCUCUCUACGGUGCGCAGCGCGGGUCGGCGGUCGCUGCGCUCCUCCGCCGGGGGGGAAGGCGCGCCGCAGCCCGCCAUGCAGCUGGCCCUGCGCCACCGGAGGAAAGCGCUGCUGGGACGGAUGCUUCAGGCGUGGGUCAACAAACACCAGGAGGUCCAGACUCGGCGGCGGGAGAAACUGGAGGAGGCCAGACGACACAAGAAGGAGGUGAAAAGGAAGCUCCUGGAAGAUCUGGGGAACAUCCCUCCCAGGAAGAGCGCCCGGCUCCUCACUCAGGCGCCGCGGUCCACCAUGACGCUCGUCCCUCGCAAAUUCCGCGACCCCCCAGAACGCCUACCUCCGCCUCCCAAGAAGCCUUCCCUCCUCGCCCUGCCGCGCAGGGCCCCGCAGUUCAGCCGGGCCGCCAAGUUGAGGAGGUACUACUCCACGCACGCGGUCACGCGGCGGAGACACGCCCCGGGCGUCACCGGUCUGCGCAACUUGGGAAACACGUGCUACAUGAACUCAAUAUUGCAGGUGCUGAGCCACCUGCAGAAAUUCAGGGAGUGUUUUCUCACGUUGGACCUGUGCGAGACCGAGGAGCUGCUGGCCAAGACCAACCACUCCCAGGGGGUGAAGGGGGUGACGGGAGCGGUCGUGAGCAGCGCCGCCGCGCCGCUGACGGAGAGCCCGCUCGGACGUAUGGGGAAGGCGGGUUGCUGGAACCCGCCGGUGGACAAAAAGGAGAGCGUCCCGGCGUCGCCGCAGGACGCAGAACUGGUCCAGCCCAAAGAGCCGCGCUGCUCUACCCGCCAGCAGAUGUCUCUGUGCCACGAGCUGCACACGCUGUUCAGGGUGAUGUGGUCGGGCCGCUGGACUCUGGUGUCUCCCUUCGCCAUGCUGCACUCGGUGUGGAACCUCAUCCCGGCGUUCCGCGGCUACGACCAGCAGGACGCCCAGGAGUUCCUGUGCGAGCUGCUGGACAAGGUGCAGCAGGAGCUGGACACGGAGGGCUCCAAGCGGCGGAUCGUCAUCCCCAUCACAAAGAGGAAGCUGUCCAAGCAGGUGCUGAAGGUGCUGAACACCAUCUUUCACGGACAACUGCUCAGCCAGGUGACGUGUCUGUCCUGUAAGCACAAGUCCAACACAGUGGAGCCAUUCUGGGAUUUAUCUCUGGAGUUUCCAGAGAGAUACCACAGCAGGAACAAAGGCUCGGGCGCUGCCGCUCACCAGCGCAGCUGCACCCUCAUAGAGAUGCUGUCCAAGUUCACAGAGAUGGAGGCUCUGGAGGGCAACAUCUACGCCUGCAACCACUGCAACAGGAGAAGAAGAAAAUCGUCCCAUAAACCCUUAGUUCUGUCAGAAGCACGUAAGCAGCUUCUGAUCUACCGCUUACCUCAGGUUCUACGGCUGCACCUCAAGCGCUUCAGAUGGUCGGGCCGGAACCACAGGGAGAAAAUCGGCGUCCACGUGGCCUUCGACCAGGUUCUGAACAUCAAACCGUACUGCUGCCCAGACUCAGGUCACUCCGUCCACAGAGGAGGCUACACCUACGACCUGUCCGCUGUGGUCAUGCAUCACGGUAAAGGCUUCGGCUCAGGGCACUACACCGCAUACUGCUACAACACGGAAGGAGGUUUCUGGGUCCAUUGUAACGACUCCGAGAUGAAGGUUUGCAGCGUGGAGGAAGUGUGCAACACUCAGGCCUAUAUUCUCUUCUAUACCCAGAGGUCUGCCUAGGCACCUCUCUCGCUGUGACUUGUUCUGAGGGCUGCGUCCAAGAAGAAGCUGUCCCACGCCGUUCCCUGAUGUCACUUUGCCAGGGUUUGCCACGCAGGAAGGUGACGAGCGCCAAGGGGGAAGCCUUUCUCACAGGGGCGUCUCAAUAAGUUACUUUGUUUCAGUAAUUCAGUUCAGAGGGGGGACUCGCAUCUUAUUUAGGUUCAUUACAGAGUGGUAUGUUUCAGUGUUUUAUUUCUGUUUAUUUUAAUGAUUAGCCUAUCAGCCUGUAGGUCUGCUUACCUAACUAUUAUGGUUAGCUGUUCCAGGGAGGCUCAGAAGUGGGAUGCCCGAUACUUAAAAUGAAAUCUGCAUCUCCAUAAAGCUCCUCAGCAGAGAGCAGCAUGAAGUGCUCACACUGGAACUCAACAUCUUGUGCUUUGUGCCUCUGACUCUGAAUCAGCUGCAGCCCAUCUCCUGGAUGUCUGUCUGUCUGUGGCGGCUCUGAGUUCUGAUUCCUGCUACACUCCACACUUUGUCAAUCUCCUUCACAUUUAUAAAUCAGCUUUGCUUGCACUGCAUAAAUAGAACUAAAAAUAAGUAAAGUUUUCUUGAAAUGAAUGUAUUUGCCCUUGAUUUGAGCAGGUAAAUUAGAUUA